AUGUAUCGAGCCCAGGAAAGCUGUCGGAUACCAGGCAGCAAUCAUACAGUGUACGACUGUAAAAAGCAGACCUCCUGUAGAGUUUGCAAAAAGCGCCAUCAUUCCUUGCUGCACCCUUACGGAGAGCCAGAGAAUAAAGGCCAAGAUGCAGCAGCAACGCCUAUGGUGGAUAGCACUAGUUCUUCGACUAGUGAUAAUCCCAUUGUGACGUGCUUGUCUACAGAUCCUAAGUUCAACAUACCCAAUAAAAUAGACAUCUUAUUGGGUGCAGAUGUUUAUGGUUACAUCGUCAAGGAAGGCAUAAUUAAGAGUCCGUCUGGUACUCUUAUGGCACAGAACACCACUUUAGGAUGGGUCCUUUCCGGUGUUGUCAGUUCGGAUAUUGAUAGGUCAAGGCAUCACAUUAAAAAUAUAACCGUUCAUAAUGCACAGUUCAACGAAGAUCAACUCCUGAAAAAGUUUUGGGAGAUAGAAGAGCAAACUAGUACAAAGAAAAUCUUAAGUCCAGAAGAGCAAAAAUGCGAAGAAUUAUAUAGUAAAACUACUAAGCGAGAUGAUACAGGAAGAUAUAUAGUACACUUACCGUUCCGCGAUGAUAAUCCUGAAUGUAAGGCCGGAGGUUCUCGUGAAAUAGCUGAAAUAAGAUUCAAAUCGUUAGAAAAAAGAUUAAAUAAGAACACAAAUUUAAAACAAAGGUAUACAGAAGUAAUUAAUGAGUAUUUACAAUUAGGACAUUUAAGAGCUGUAAAAAGCGACGAUAAUAAAAUGAAUGAAGCGGUUUACUUACCCCAUCACGCGGUUAUUAGAGAAGAUAAGACCACGACGAAGGUACGUGUUGUGUUUAAUGCUUCUGAAAAAAAUAAAAAGGGAGUAUCGCUCAACGACACUCUGAUGGUUGGGCCGACACUACAAGCCGACUUGAGGCAUACAAUUAUGCGAUGGAGAGAACAUGCUAUUGGUAUUGUGGCGGACAUCGUUAAAAUGUACCGUCAAAUUAGGGUAACUGAGGAAGACGUCGUAUAUCAAAGAAUACUCUGGCGUGAUGAUCCAAAAAAACCAAUAAAGGAUUAUGAGCUGCUAACGGUGACUUUUGGAACAGCCUCGGCACCGUAUCAGGCAGUUCGAACACUACAUCAAAUCGCAUACGAUGAAGGAGACAAGUAUCCUCUGGCGGCUGCUAAAGUCUUAAAUAAUUUUAUAUGGACGAUUUAA